AUGGCGGCAACAUCAGCACAAGCAGCGCCCGCUCCGGUGGCACAAGCAACGGCCAUGCCCCCUGGUCCGAUUUAUGUAGAUACUCAGCACGAAGAUCUGGUCCAUGACGCCCAGUUGGAUUAUUACGGGUGCAAACUCGCAACGUGCUCUUCUGACCGUACGGUAAAGAUCUACAACGUGUCGGAGACUUCGUACGAAUUGUCGGCGACUCUCCAAGGGCACGAAGGGCCUGUAUGGGGAACCGCCUGGGCGCAUCCAAAAUUUGGUGUUAUUUUGGCAUCGUGCUCGUUCGAUGGCUCUGUGUUGAUCCACCGCGAAGUGAGCCCACGAGAGUGGACUGUCAUCCAUGCGGCACGCCAUCUUCACGAAAGUUCCGUGAAUGCCAUUGCCUUUGGUCCUCAUGAAAUUGGUCUCAUAGCGGCAGCUGCCAGUUCAGAUGGUCGCGUGAGUAUCUUGACGCUGCAACCCAACAAUACCUGGUCGGUCGAGUAUGUGCAGGACAAUUCUCUGGGUGUCAAUGCCGUCAGCUGGGCGCCUCACGGUGCCUACUCGGACACUGCCAAUCCCGACAACAUUAUGCCUCCUCGUCUCGUCACGGGAGGCUGUGACAACAGAAUUCGAUUCUGGACCCAAUCUGCCGAAACGGGACAAUGGGUGGAAGACGCCACGGCCAAAAUUGACAAGACCAUUUCCCACAGUGAUUGGGUCCGAGAUGUGGCGUGGGCGCCAUCCAUUUUCCCCAAUGUCAAUGUCAUUGCGUCUUGCUCGGAAGACCGAACAGUCCUCAUUUGGACUCAGAACGGUCCGGAUGCCGAAUGGAAACCAAUUUUGCUCCACAAGUUCGAUGCCCCUGUGUGGAGAGUCAGUUGGUCCGUCACGGGGCACAUGCUUGCCGUUUCGAGCGGUGAUAGCGAUGUGACGCUUUGGAAGGCUACAUUGGAUGGAAAUUGGACUCAGAUGAGCAGCGUGGAGGAACAGCAAGGAUAG